AUGGGAAGUAAGGGCGCCCUCGUGUGUCUGCUGCUUGUUACUGCAGCUGUCCUGCAGUGCUCGUCUCAGCACUGGUCACAUGGCCUGAGUCCUGGUGGGAAGAGGGAAACUGACUCUCCCAGCGAAUCACAAGUGAUGGAGGAUCUCCCCAGGAGAGGAGGGGCACGCUGUGGGAGUGACACCAGAGAGGCAGCCAAUCAGGAAAGGCCCAGCACACUGGAACAGCUGAUCAGCCUGAUGAGCAGAGCAAAUGAAGUUUAUGACUGAGGACACCCAGGAGGCUCCAUAAUCACUACAAUGUGUUUUACAUUAUUGUUUUAUGAUAGAAAUGUUCACUGAAAGUCACCACUGCUUUUGCUAAACAAUAUUAAUAAUGAGCCUGUUCAAUAAAUACAUGAUUCUGUAUGAAAUAAAGAAUAUCUUGCUUUC